GCGGAAGCCUGAGAUGCGCGCGACGUAGUCCGCGCCAUGAGCGACGGAUGGAGGAGGAGGCACCCAGCCGCAUCAGCGUGGCCGUGCGCUGCCGCCCCCUCUCCGAGAAUGAGCGGAGCAACAUGGUGCACAGCAUUUGCCGAGUUAUGGACAGACGGCUGGUGAUCCUCCUUGAUCCAGGCGCAUCAGCAGCAAAUGACUACCUCCGACAAGACAAGUCGAAGGAGAAGCGGUUUGCCUUUGAUCAAGCCUUUGGCUCCGAUGUGGACACACAGACGCUUUUUCAAGCAACGGCUGAGCCGCUGAUAAAGUCGGUUUUGCAAGGCUACAACGCGACCGUUUUCGCGUAUGGCUCGACCGGUGCAGGCAAGACCUUUACAAUGAUAGGGACGCCAUCUGAGCCUGGCAUCAUGUUCCGCUCAGUUGAAGAGAUAUUCCGUGGCGGCGAUAUUUUGUCCUGCUCCGUUUCUUGCUCCUUCGUGGAGGUCUACAACGAGAAUUUGCGUGACCUGGGUUCCAGUGACAUUAGGGAGGGUAUGCUUGACUUGCGCGAGGAUCCGGUAACCGGAAGCUAUGUCGCAGGCAUCACGGAGAUCCAGGCAGAGUCCGUUCAGGAAGUGAUGGACUUGCUCCAGCAUGGCAACGGGCGCCGCACGACAGAGCCGACCGCUAUGAACGUCACCUCAUCGAGGUCUCACGCGGUGCUGCAAGUGAGGGUCGAGCGGCGCCAGGGCUCGGGAACGCUCAUGGGCAAGCUCUCCAUGAUAGACCUCGCAGGCUCCGAACGAGCCUCAGAAACCAAAAACAGCGGCGUGCGGCUGCUGGAGGGAGCCAACAUCAAUCGAUCUUUGCUGGCCCUGGGCAAUUGCAUCAAUGCCUUGGCAUCUGGAUCACACUUUGUACCAUACCGGGACUCAAAAUUGACCAGGCUGCUGAAAGAUUCGCUCGGGGGCAACUGCCGGACAGUCAUGGUCGCGAAUGUGUCCCCAAGUCAUUUGAGUUACGAGGACACGCUGAACACAUUGAAGUACGCCAACCGCGCCAAGAACAUCCGGGUGCGAGCCAAGCAGAUUUUGGUCACUCCAGAUGAGCAUGUCAGUGAAUACGAGCACGCCAUCUCCGACUUGCGGAACGAAGUCUCCCUUCUGAAGUCCAAGCUGGCACAGAGGAGUGCCGUCCCGGAUGCCGUCGAAGGGGACGAGAACGUGCUGAAAGAGGCGAGCGAGAACUGGAAGCUCGAGGUGAUCCGAAACCUCGAGGGCCGCACAUCUUUACAACGUUCUUUGAUCGACGUGGAGCGCGGCCUGGCUCAGUGGAGGGUGGAGCUUGAUCAAGCCAAGGAGAUCAUUCAGCACUGGGAGGCGCGAUCUGAGAGCCCUUCCAGCCGUCGCUCAGAUGCCAGGUCUCUGGAAGACUGGAGGGAGGCCAUUGCGCAAAUCGAAGAGAACAUCAAGGAGAACAAUGAGACCCGAAGAUCGUUGGCAGAGCGACUGCAGCAGAACAAAACGGCAGGCCGGGAGCUGCAAAAGCAGCUGUCGCAGCGGGUGCUCAACCAAGAUUUGCGCGCCUUUUUGGAGCUGAUCCAGCGGGUGCAGGUGUUGGAAGUGGAGCGCCUGGAGCUGGAUCACUUCUGGGAGAUCCACCGCCAGCAGCUCGAGCAGCGCGACCAGGAGAUUGCGAUGCUCCGCGAGCAGCUUCGUCUCCGCAACAGCCACAUCCAGCAGCAGCGCCAGCAGCUCUCAAAGGAAAAGGUCCCUGGGCACGUAUUUCUGCUGGGCAGUACCUUGGCGGAGUCCUCGCCUGUGCAGCAACGGGGGCCCUUACGGGUGAUGCAAGCUUGGGCACCUGCGCGAGAGGAAGACGAGGACCGCGGAGCAUCCCUGGAAGAGGCUGAGGACUUCUCAUUGCAAGACAAGAUCAAUUGGAGAGCGCUCGAGGUGCCAUUGGCUUCACAGAUCAAGGGCUUGGCGCAGCUGCAGCAGAAUGCGGGCACCUCCCGACUUUUUGCCGCCAAGGCCCUGCGCAGCAUCCCGGAGUCGCGUCCUCGCCGGCCCCUGGCGCUGGCGCAGGGCGGCGUGGCCCUCCCUCCAGCCCGACCACAGCCCCGAGAGCCCCGAGAGCCCCGAGAGCCGCGAGAGCCGCGAGAGCGAGAGCGGGAGUCAGGAAAUGCUUCUCCAUCCCAGAUGCGUGGCAGUACCUGCCCUCCUUUGCGGCGCAAGUCCACCUUGGAGGCUCCGGCCCGUCAACCCUCCGUGGGCGACAUGCGCAGCCCCCCACGCGGCCUGCUGCGAGCACAUGGUGUCGCUGUACCGCAGCGGCAGCUUGACAAAAAUGUGGGCGCCCGCGACAAGAGCCGCGCCCGUGCUCGCAGUGAGCAUUCGAGACUGGGCCGUAUCGGCCGCAGUCUUGUGACUCCAGGCCGUUAAUUCGUGCGCCACAUAUGUUGGCACAAAAGGGGGACACUGUCGACUGUAUGUGCGAGUGACAUGUUGUAC